GGUAGACUUUUUUUAAAGUCACAUGACAGUAUUUUAAUUAAAAAACAACCUAAUGAUAUUUUAAAUAAAAUCCCAUCAGCGAAAAGGGUAUAUUUGCACCAUUUUGUAACAUCAGGGGUAUAUUUGCAUCAUUUUGUAACGGCAGGAGUAUAUAUAUACCAUUUUUGUAACGAGAAGCAUAUCUGUGCUAAAUCGCAAAAUUAAGAAGUAUAUUUGCAGCUUUGCCAAAAAAAAAAAAAAGAAUAAUAGAGGCAAUUUGUGGAAGUUCACAGAAAAAUGAGAGCUAGCCAUAGGAAAAAGCAAAGAGUAAAUUAAAGGACAUAAAAUCCAAGCAAGUAUAUACAAUGAAAUGAAUCUCAUAAAUCUAAAUACAAUCUGAUCCAGCUGUGCAAUAAUUAUAAUACGAAACUUGCAAAGUGUUGACAGCAUAAAAACCCCUUUUGAAGAUCUCCUUUCUCUGCAGAUACCCUUCCAUUCUACUACAAGAAAUCAAAGCUUUGACAGAAGUUGAGCAAAUUCUUCUGAUUAUUGUGGAGUUUCUUUCUUAGUAAGAGAGAGAUGGGCAGUGGUUAUUUUGGGGAGCCAAACCUAGGAAAUGAAAGAUCAUAUUCAUCAUCAUCAUCAAGAAAAAGCAAGAAGAAUAAUUCUGACAAACCUAAGCAGCCACAAAGAGGUCUUGGUGUUGCUCAACUAGAGAAGAUUAGAUUGCAUACUCAAAUGGGUUGCACUUAUAAUCUUCCUUCUCUUCACAAUUCUUAUGCCACCAAAUUCAACCAGGAGGAUAUCAUGAGACUACAAACACCAUAUUCAUCAACUCCAUCAAUUUCAUAUUCAUCAUCCUCAUCUUCAUCUUAUGGUUUUCCAGCCCAACAAAGCAUUACGAUGAGAUUGGGUGAUAUCGAAAGAGCAAAUAUUAGAUAUGGAGAUUCCCAGCCACCUUCUACUGCAGCUAGUACUUGGUAUCCAAGCGCAGUGUGUGAGCCUCAGCAUUAUGCUCAGCCAAACAUGACUAGAUAUCUGCUUAACCUACCAAUAGAGGACUCAAUGGAGAAGAGGAGAAAGAAGGAGAGAAGUGACUCAACUGGCUCAAGUAGUCAUAAUAUUGAAUCAAAUGGCAACCAUGAUGAAUUAGAUUUGGAGCUGAGGCUUUCACUUUGAUCUAACAAUGUUCCUCAACAACUCAGUGUAUGGAUUUGCGAUAUCGAUCAUCAUAUUAUAAGCAUAUAACUUUCAAGAUUUAGAGCAACAAUUGGCUUUAUCUUAACAAGAUGUAAAAGUUUAAGCAAUUUAUGGGAAUUUGUUAGUCUCUUCUGAAAUAAUUGAAGGACCGAGUUGAC